CUGCGCUCUCAUCAUGGCGGCGCGGGGCCAUGUGCAGGACCCCAACGACCGGCGCCUGCGGCCCAUCUACGAUUAUCUUGACAAUGGCAAUAAUAAAAUGGCAAUCCAGCAGGCAGAUAAAUUGCUCAAAAAACACAAGGAUCUUCACUGUGCAAAGGUUCUCAAAGCAAUUGGCUUGCAGAGAACAGGGAAGCAAGAUGAAGCGUAUACUCUGGCACAAGAAGUAGCAGCACUUGAACCCACAGAUGACAAUUCCUUGCAAGCACUAACUAUUCUUUACCGGGAAAUGCAUAGACCGGAGCUGGUAACUAAGCUGUAUGAGGCAGCUGUAAAGAAGGUUCCCAACAGUGAGGAGUAUCACUCUCAUCUCUUCAUGGCCUAUGCCAGGGUGGGAGAAUACAAGAAGAUGCAACAGGCUGGAAUGGCACUUUAUAAAAUUGUACCCAAAAAUCCUUAUUAUUUUUGGUCUGUGAUGAGCUUGAUUAUGCAGUCUAUUUCAGCACAGGAUGAAAACCUCUCAAAGACAAUGUUUUUGCCCCUAGCUGAAAGAAUGGUGGAAAAAAUGGUGAAAGAGGAUAAGAUUGAAGCUGAAGCUGAAGUUGAACUUUACUACAUGAUUCUGGAACGUUUGGAGAAGUAUCGGGAAGCCUUAGAUGUUGUAAGAGGAAAACUAGGAGAGAAACUGACAAGUGAGCUCCAAAGCCGAGAGAACAAGUGCAUGGCCAUGUACAAGAAGCUGCGUAGGUGGCCCGAGUGCAACGCGCUGUCUAGAAGGCUGCUGCUGAAAAACUCAGAUGAUUGGCAGUUUUAUAUUACUUACUUUGAUUCUGUGUUCCAACUCAUUGAUGAAUCUUGGACGCCGCCGCUUGAAGAAGAGCACUCUYUGGAAGGAGAGGUACACUAUUCUAUAGAGCAAGCUGUGAAAUUUAUAGAAGAGAGAAUAACAGAAGAAUCAAAGAGCUCUCGGCCACUUCGGGGACCAUAUUUAGCUAAACUGGAGCUGAUAAGACGUUUGCGACACAGAGGUUGUAAUGAUGAACAUAAACUGGGUGAUCCAGAAGAAUUAAUGUUCCAAUACUUCAAAAAAUUUGGGGACAAGCCCUGCUGUUUUACUGAUCUCAAGGUAUUUGUGGAUCUCCUCCCAUCCAGCCAAUAUACAAAGUUCAUUGGCCACUUGCUGGAAGUGAUCCCUCUGUCAGCAGCAGCAGAGGGUGGAACUGCUCUGCCAGAGGACAUCCGAGCCCUGCAGCAGCACCUGUGCGUGGUGCAGCUCUCCAGGUUGCUUGGUCUCUACCAUGCCAUGGAGAAGAAAGAGAAGCUGUCUGUGAUCCGGGAGCUGAUGUUAAGAUACCGCCAUGGACUGGAGUUUGGGAAAUCUUGUUUGAAAACUGAACUGCAAUUUUCAGAUUAUUACUGCCUGCUUGCAGUUCACUUGCUGCUUGAUCUGUGGCUAGAGGAAGGUGAAGAGACGGCCGUGUGGCAGUGCCUGACCCUCUUAGAAAAAGGACUAUCUCAUAGUCCUUCCAAUGCUCAGUUCAAAUUGCUGCUCAUCCGAAUUUACUGCAGGCUUGGUGCAUUUGAACCUGUUGCAGAACUGUAUUCCAGCCUUGAUGCCAAACACAUACAGCACGACACCAUCGGCUAUCUCCUGACGCGCUACGCAGAGGCACUGGGCCAUUUUGCUGCUGCAUCCCAAUCCUGCAAUUUUGCACUCAGGUUUUUCCACUCCAACCAGAAAGAUACCUCAGAAUAUAUCAUUCAAGCCUACAAGUAUGGUGCGUUUGAGAAGAUCCCUGAAUUCAUUGCGUUUAGAAACAGGCUGAACUCCUCCCUUCAUUUUGCGCAAGUUCGCACGGAGCGCAUGUUGCUAGACCUCUUACUUGAAGCCAAUAUAACAACCAGUUUAGAAGAAAGUAUAAAGUCCAUGAGUCUGAGCCCAGAGGAGGAUGACAUUCCGUGGAAAGAUUUGCGGGACAACAGAGACUUGACAGUCUUGUUUAACUGGGAUCCAAAAGACAGGGACAUUUCUGAAGAACAUAGGAAACUCUCAUUGGAGGAAGAAACCCUGUGGUUGCGAAUCCGAUCUUUAACUUUAAGGCUAGUAAGCGGACUCCCAACUCUUAGUCACUCUAUUCAACCAAAGAACUCUGAAAAGACUGCAGAGAACGGCGUCUCGUCCAAGAUUGAUACAGUUCGAUCUCUGCUUCAGCAGCUGGAAGCGGCAGUGGAUUCAGGGAAGAAGUUUCUAGAACAAAAAAUUCAGUAUCCUGUCCUUGGCCCUCCUCCUACCCGAAUGGCUGGCUUCUUCAGUAAUGGCAGCUGUCAAUGCCAGACUAGCUUGUUUUAUCUUGUUAGUGAUAUUUAUGAACUAGAUACCAAUGGCCUAGAAGAUUCAGCAGAAGUCCAGGAGAGGAUAGGGAAUAGUUUCAAGUCAUUAAUAGAACGAUUGACAGGCUUGUUCAAUAAAUGUAAAGGUGACUUGAUUGAAGUCAGAGAUGGCACCUUGAAAACACAUGCAAACUUGUUAGAAAACUUAGUCUUCUUGGUUGAGACGAUCUCCAUCACUUUGUGGGUAUCGAGUUACUGUGACAGCGUCCUCCGACCUUUUAAAUCCAACUUGCAAAAAAAGAAGAAGAAAAAAAAAGAAAGCAGCGUAGCUAUGCCUCCUGUAUUUACGCAUUUUCUGGAUUAUGUUACUGACCUACAGACAUUAACUUCCAAUGUAAUAGAUCAUAUCAAAGGGCUUGAAAUAAUUCUGACUGCACUAAAACUUGAAGACUUGUCCCUCAAGGAUACUCUGCUUUUACAGGAAGAACAAAAGUUUACAAAGACUGUGCAAGGGAAGGUCCAGAGCAGUUACCAUCACUCAAUUCAGGAAAUUGGAGAGCUGCUGAAAAAGAGACUCGAUACCAUUAAAAAACUAAAGAUUUAA